AAAGGUUAUAGGAAGUGGUUAACUGCUUACGGUAUGAGCAUGUCGCGGUCUGGACGUGAACGCGCCGAUGGAUGCAGUCUUCUCGUGAGAAAUCUGUCUCGAAGCGUGACCUUGGAUGAUCUGAGAUAUGUGGCCGAGAAGUAUGGCCGGCUUAGGGAUGUUUAUAUCCCAAAGGAUUACUACAGUGGGGAGCCAAGAGGCAUUGGCUUCUUGGAGUUCACCGAUCCAAGGGAUGCUGAGGAUGCUAUAUAUGGAUUGGACCGGAAAGUGAUCCAGGGGAAGGAGGUGUCAGUGGUCCUGGCUCUGCAAGGGCGCAAGCGGCCGGAUGACUACACACGACAGUCUGGGUAUGGCGGCAGCCCGCGGCGCCGCGAUAGCCCCCGGGGGCGCAGGGACCGCAGCAGGGGUCGCCGUAGCCGGUCCCGUGAACGCCGCCGGUCCCCAAGCCGCAGUGUCUCUCGAAGCCCACCCCCCAGGCGCCACCGCUCAGUGGCCAGAUCAGACAGCCCUCCCAGAGAUAGCCCUCCAAAGGAUGGCGCGAGGUCUCCUGCCUCGCGGUCUGCUUCUCCAGCAGGCAACAAAGAUUGAGCUGGCCAGGUAGCACUGCAUGGCUGGGGAGCAUGCGACGACGGACAUCAUAAAAGUGGCGAUUCCUGCGGCUGGAAGCCACCAAGCAAUAAAAAUGUCGGCAACGAAAGGUCUACAGCAUAUGCAGAUGUUCGGUGGUCCAUAAAGCCGAGCUGCUGGCAGAAAACACCAGCAUGCAUGCAAAAGCGAGUUGUACACAUGUGGCCAGUCAUUAAAAUGUGGUGUACAUGAAAUCCCAGUCAGGAACAUGCAGCAUAGAGCAAAGCAGCCUUGGAGGAUCGCAAGCUUCAGGAGGCUAUGCACUUGCAGGUUGAAGGGAUGGUGAUGCUGAUGAUGGUCCUGUGAUUGCUGAUGAUGGCGAUGAAGAUGCUUCUGAUGGUGGUCCGUGACUCAUGAUGAUGAUGAUGACGAAGAAGGACAGUUGCCUAAAGCGAACUCUGGGCAGGAGGGGUGUGCACUUUGGAGACCAUCUUCUGCACCCUGCAGCCUAGACAGUGCCUUCACGGCUGCCAAGGUAAUGGUGAUGUCAUAUGCUGAAUGUAAAUUUGUUCGUGCAUGCCAGUCUACACUUGGUGGCAACUUUUUGCACUCUUUGCAUACUAUGUAGUAUUUGCAUCUACUUGUUGAGACAUCAGUCAUUGAUCUGCACCUGCCAAUGAGAAGUCAGCAUGCAGCGUGUUGUUGACAGUGAAGUGCAUUCAAUCUUGUAAAUGCACCCAUAAU